UUAUUUUAAAAUUACUGAUUUUGAUUUGUUUUCAGUAGGAAAAACUAGUUUUAUAUACAUUUUACAUUACUUAAUAAUUUCUUAUGCACAAAUCUAUCGCUUGUUGAUGUUGGUCUUUAGCAUGCGUUCCAUAUGAAUAUAAUAUAUAAUGCAGGAAGGCAGGAUCCUGCACUUGAUUACAUCUUCAAGUUCCUUCUAUCUUUGUGUAAACCUAUUUAUUUUGGAACAGGGGACCUACUAGUAGCCUGGUAAAGUUAAUCAAAUGAGCAGGCCUCAGAAAAACAAUACUCCGAAAACCCCCUUGGCCAAAUCGGAUUCAGAUUCAGAUUCAGAUUGCGCAACACCCAAAUUUAAUGAUGAGCCAAUUGAGCCUCUUUCAGGAAUGCCUUUUUAUGAUUUCGUUCUUUCAAAAGAGAAACGAAUGAUGUUUCCUGCUAAAAUGAACUCCGUGCUCCCUAAUGGAACAGUCCCAGCAGUGAUCACAUAUGGCAAAAGAACAUGGAGCACUACUCUACAUGGAGAGAAGAAAAGAAAAGGGUUAGACUACAAAACUUGGAAAAAGUUUUUGAAUCGGAAUAAGCUCAGGUUUGGAGAUGGGUUGAUACUUGAGGUGAUGCAGAGCAGCCAAGAGUUGGUCAAGUUUAAAGCGCAAAUACUUAGAGCUGACUUUCCGGCUCAACUCGAGCCAAAGAUCACCGGGGGCACACCACAAACGCCAAUCCUCAUUGAUAUUGAUUAGUAAUUUUAGGUACCACGUUAAAUUGUUCUUUUGUUGUCUAUACUAAUCUUUUGGCCAAUAUGUUCUUCGUUCUUGUGCUCAUAUUGUGACUUUUUGUCAUUCUGAUCUUGGGGUCAUCAAGUCUCAAUGUUUUAUGAUGUAGAAUGGAAAUGGAAUUGAGUUUUUCUUUCAGAAAAAUGGAAAAACAUAAGUUGAUGAUG